CGCGCUAAAAUCGAAACCUCAUGAAAGCUGGUUUACGGAAUAUUUUUGCUUUUGUCUUCGGAUUUCAAUGGUAAUACCACUUCGUUAACGACAAUAAUAGAGAUCUUUGUCUUCGGUAAGACUGUUUUUGUGAUUUGCAACAGUUCAAGAGACUAAAAUGGUGAAGAAUUGUAAUUUUUGACCAUGCCCGUCAUGGCGGAAGUGGAUUUUUUUACAACCAUGAACGGCUCGCUGAAUACAAGCCUUCAAGAGGAUGAUCAAUAUUGUGAUAAAGGUUCUUCACCAGUGAGAAACGAAAACAGCGGUGUCGUAGCUAGCGAUCUCGAUGGAAAACUGGACAACGGCGAACGUAACUCGGCUGGAAAUAAAUCAUUGUCAACCCAAGAUGGAGACGUGCCUCAAAAUAUGGAACAGACUCUCGAUUCAGUGGCCGUCAAUAUGAAGCAAACCUCGUCUGAAGUUUCGUUUGACAUGCCAAGUGAUUUGGGGAGUAAUGAAGAUUCCAAGACGCAGUGUUCUAGCUCAGAGAAUCUAGAGUGUAACGGACAAACAUUGAUCGUACCAAAUGCCUCAAGCCUCGCUCAAACUAACAACUGUGCUUCUGAAAUUCUGCAAGUUUCUACAGAACACAUUUCAACUGAUAAAUUACCAGAUGCGUCCCAAAGCAAUGAACACAAAUCUGGUUUUCCUUUACCCCUUAAUGCAUCAUUGGUAGACAGUGUCACAACUUCACCCUAUUUUAUAAGAUCAGCUAAAAAGGCUCGCCUGUCAAAUCCUGUAACACAUGAAGAUACAGCAGCUCAAAGUACAACUUGUUCUUUUGUCACGCCAGGAACGCCUACCACUAGUUUUCUUGCAAAUUCCACAAAAUCUGUAACAACAUUUGCUAUUGCAAUGCCUGAAAGCAUUAAACCAGCAGCGACAAUUUCAGCCCGAGCUGUAGCACAAGAUGUCUCAAAAAUCACUGCUGUUACUUGUGCAAGAACAUCAUCCAACAGUAGCCUUUCAAAUUCCUCAAAACCUAUAACAACAUUUGCUAUUUCACUGCAUGAAAGCAAUGAAGCAGCUGCGACAGUUUUAGCUCCAACUGGAGCAUCAGAUGUCUCGCAAACCACUGCCACCACUCAUGUUGUGACUCCUCAAAUGUUGGCGCAAGCUCUUGCUAUGUGCACCUUGCCAAUGAAUACUUCAGCAACCAGCACUAUGGCAGGGAAUUCUAGUACACCAUUGGCUAUUCCAAGUUUGGCUAACAAAGUAGAGGAUCUGGAACCAACUUCAAUAUCAAGUAACAUGGCAACCAUCUCAAGCCCAUCUUUUCCAAGUACCAUUACAAGUAAUUCUACAGCUUUGGUUGCAAUUCCAGUCCCAACGACAAAGUUAGAUCCUGAAAUUUCAAAUGGGUCUUCAUCUUCAGUAUCAAAUAAUGUGGCAACCAUCUCAAGCUCAUCUUUUCCAAGUACAAACAAUUCUAAAGCUUUGGUUGCAAUUCCUGUACCAAUGACAAAGUUAGAUCCCGAAGUUCCAAUCGCAUCUUCAAAUGUUACCGCAGAUGUUACACAAACAACAGUUGCUGCCAAACUUUGUACAGAUAAUGCUGCAUUAGAAUCACUGCCAAUUGCAAACAGUUCUACUGCCCAUCCUGAUAUUCCAGCUAUUUUUCCAGACUUCACUUCAUGCAGCAAAUGUAACUCUAUUCUUGUUUGCUCCUGUCCUGGUCCUUCCAGCACUGGAGAAGGUAGUGGAGCUGUUCCUAAAUGUACAACUUGCCAAGCUAGUUGUCAAGGUGACUACACAUGUAAUGGAAUGAAAGCAAACCAAGUGAAUGAUGUAAAUCCCUCUGAACAAGAUGUGAAGCCUCAGAUUUUUCCUGUUGUGCCACUGAAUGUCUUAGACCAACUCUUUGAUGGCCUGGUUGAAUAUGACAAGGUAGCAAAAGCUGAGCAACCCGAGGCCAUUACCACAAGGCUGUUCCCUUACCAGCUGCAAGCUGUAAACUGGAUGAUAACAAGAGAAAACAAUACUGAUCUAGCUGCAUUCUGGACACAAGUCAACAAGAACACAUGGUUUAACAAGGGAACAAACUGGUCCACUGACAGAAAGCCUAACUCUCCCAAAGGUGGCAUACUAGCAGAUGAUAUGGGGCUUGGAAAGACUCUUACUGUUAUCACCCUGAUUAUGGCCAAUCACCUUAAUGGAAAGCCAAUGUUCUCUAGGCGAUCAUCAACUAAGAGAGGAGCAUCAACUUUAGGCCAAGAUGGAGAAUGUAAAUCUGAGCCUGCAGAGAAGAUGCCACGUAAAGAUAGCGAAAAUGGUGACAACGAUGGCGAUGUUGAAAUGGAUAACAAAGAAGUAGUGAAGGCAGUAACUAUUAAGAAAAGAAAAGAGGUUGGAGACAAAAAGAAAAGGUUGGCAGACAGUAAAGCUUUAAAACAGCCAGGUUUUAGAUUCAGGCAAAUGUAUCUCUCCAAGUUCUCCAGCAAAGCAAUAAAAAAGGAGAAAUUCAAAGAGGAGAAAGAAGUUCCCAAACCUAAAAAAUCACCAUCGCCAAUUAGCAUUGAUACUGAUGAUAACGUUGACAUGGCUACACCAUGGCUGUCUGCUGGCAAACGCAGUGUUAGUGCAAAUGGAACUAACAGCAACAAAUCUCAAUCAGAUGACGAGCACGGUGCUACAUUGAUUGUGUGCCCACUGUCUGUGCUUAGUAACUGGACAGACCAGAUAUGCAGCCAUGUUCACCCAGAUGUCAGUCUGCAAGUUUACAUGUAUUAUGGAGCAGAGCGAUUGAGAGAUGUGAAAUUUCUUAGACAACAGGACAUUGUACUGACAACAUAUCCUACACUGACUAAUGACUACAGCAGGAAUGACUCUCCACUUCACAAGAUUAAAUGGCUGCGCAUUAUCCUAGAUGAGGGUCACACUAUAAGAAAUCCACAGACUCGUCUGACCAAAGCUAUGAUUGAUCUAGCAGCAGAGCGUCGAUGGGUCCUGACAGGGACACCAAUACAAAACAGGCUGGAUGACCUGUGGUCCGUGUGCAAAUUUCUUCGCAUAGAACCAUUUGAUGACAAGGGCUGGUGGAAUUCUGCACUGGCCUCAAGUGUGAGAAGAGGAGAUGAACAAGGCGUCAAUCGUUUACAAAAACUUCUCAAGCACAUUUCAAUCAGAAGACUCAAGACAGAUCAGGACGAGGGAAAACCACUUGUAAAGCUGCCGCCUCGUACAGUGGUCAUUCAAGAGGUUGAGUUGUCUGACAAGGAGCGGAAAUUAUACGAUGCCAUGCAGAACCAUGGCCAACUGAUCAUACGAAGAUAUCUUCAAGAUGGAACAGUCCUAGCGAAGUACGCGCACUGUUUUGUCAUUUUAAUGCGUCUCCGCCAGUUGUGUUUACAUCCCCAGCUCUGCGCUAAAGAAUGCGAAUCACUACAACAUGCACAGAAUCUUUUACAAGGUAACUAGGGUAGGCACGGGCCUAACACUGUACAGAUGACACU